AUGGCUCACAGUAGACUAAGUGAUCCAGAAUAUAAAAACUGGGUUACUGUUGGUCGAGCAAUCCAGAUUACCCGGAACGGCUUAGAAACCAUAAUUCAAAAUGCUGCUGACAAGUACCACACUUCACUGCUUGCAACCUUGUCAAAUAAUGUACCUACGUGGAAAUCUCACUUGGAGAAUGUCCAUCGAUCACGUGAUAAAAGAAAAAUAUCCUGGAGAAACAGUGACAACACUCAAUGGCUGACCGUUGGUGCCUCAUGGGAGAUUGCUAAGAUUUUCAUGGCUCCCUUGGGAACGAGAAAGCUUGAUGUACUCAACGCCAACACUACUGAUAUAUCGGGACUGUUGAAUGUAUUAGAAUGGUCUCCGAGAGGGACAAAUGGUAUGUUCAACACAGGUGUCGAUCUUUCGAAAAUAGCAGCGGCAAGAAGUGCUAGGAAUCUUUGGGCGCAUGCACCGUUGCUGCAUGUAAGUGAUGCUGAUAAAGUCGACGCGUUUGCAUCUUUAACCUCGCUUCUUCAAGACCCAGAACUGCAUCACGACAAAGAUGUCCAAGACGCCAUAAAAAAGCUUAGUAGUUUACUCAAUACUGGUCUAGCAGUUAUUGAAGAAAAAGAAUUGGAAUUGUUCGUUCAGUUACAACAACAAGUUGAUCAGGAUAUGGUCAGUUUGGAAAGUAAUAUCAUCUGUUGGAAAGAUGAAGUCGGAGCGGAUUUGGAGCAGAUUAAUGAUCAGAUAAAAGGUUUGGAUGAAUUUGUGAAAAAUAACGAACUACACGACGCUCUGGAAAUUGUCAACAACCGACUGGAAAAGCUAGAAGAAAAAUGUUUAGCAGAGUCACAGGAAAGGAUUUGUGACGCGCAGCAGGAGCUAAAGUUCAAUCCAGUCUCUGAUAGGAUGAAGGAAGAAUUUGUCGGUCGUGAGUGGUUGUUCAGUGACAUUGAAAACUGGUUGGAAAAAGACCUCAAGCCUCGGGAGUCUCGUGCCUUCCUUAUCUGGGGUGGUGCUGGAACAGGCAAAAGUUCGUUCGCCCAAGAGUUUGUCCGUCGGCACGAGGGAGAAAAAUUGGCUGGAUACCAUUACUGUCAAAAAGAUAAUCCUCGCACCUGCGAUUUGAAAUCGUUAGUCGAUAGUCUCAGGAGUAUGCUCUCGAAGAGUCUUCCCAAAUAUGCUGCCUUGGUUGAGAAACUACAGACUGAUCAAUUUAGAGAUGAUCCUAACGCUCUGUUCGAUUUGUUAAUUACCACGCCAUUACAGCAAUUGAAUGAAAGUACCAGACAUUUUCUUGUCAUUGACGGCUUGGAUGAAGCAGGGUCAAUGAUUGCUUCUUGCCUUGCCAGAUUAUCAGGAACACUUCCUUCGUGGCUUCGCGUCAUUUUGACUGCAAGACACAAUGCCCCCGCUCUAUCAGGCCUUUUUUUAAAUUCCACUUCUGCUAAACUAGACCAAUUUGAGACUGGUCCUGGGUCCCUGUCUAGCAAAGAUAUUCGUAAAUUUGUUUCCAUGAAGUACAGAAAACUUCAAACUGAAUAUAAUUGUACUUCUUUCUUUGCUAAUGACGAGCAGGUAGGCAAAGAGAAAAUAGUUCGGGCUAGUCAGAAUUGCUUUCUUUAUGCUAAACUUGUGAUGGAGCACAUCUUUGAUGGACAUGAUGAAAUUGGUUUGCCUGCCUCGUUAUCUGAGAUUUACUGCUUGGACUUCAGGCGUCACUUCUCGGAUAUAGAAUUCUUUGAGAAAAAAGUUGCACCUGUGCUUCAGAUUGUGCUUGCUAUUCAAUCUGCUAACGCUUUUAUGGAUAAGAGAUUGAUAUAA